UGUAUAUACGAAGUAGGCCAGGGCAGUGUAAACAUCUGGUCAAUCCAGUUCUCACUGCCUGUUGAGAGCCAUGACAGAUGGAAAGGGAGCGCAUGGCUCAAACACUUCCAUCUUUGACCGUACCAGCAGUUGUCUUCCCAAAAUAGCCUGCACUCCCCAGCCUUAUAUGUGCAGGCCUCCAGCGUGUGCCUGAGGAGGAAUCAUGUAUCUAGGCCACACAAUACAGGGUGCAGGCUCAUUGUUGCUGCUUACCAGCAGGCCUAUCACCGCCCCAGGGACGAGGCCUCUCUCUGUCCUGGGACGGAUCACCAUGCAUCUCACCCAGCUCAACCGCGAAUGUCUCCUCCACCUUUUCUCCUUCCUGGACAAGGACAGCCGAAGGAGCCUGUCCCUUACCUGUCAUCAGCUGCGUGAGGUCUUCCUGGACGCCCGCCUCUGGAAUCUACUUCACUUCAGCUCCCCGUGUCAGCUGAGGAGGGACAACUUUGUGCUGGGACCCUCAUUGCGCUACUUGACUGUUAGCUGGUACUCCAGCAGGGUGCAAGUGUGCAACAUUGAGGACUGGUUGAAGACCUCGUUUCAGAAGGACAUCUGCAGCAAACAUGAAAACCUGGUCAGCACUUUCCUGGCCAACGUCUGCCACAUGUGUCCCAACCUGCUGUCCCUGACCCUGUCUGGCUGUGGACACGUCACAGACCAGGAUGUGAUGUCCGUGCUGCAGUGCUGCAGGAAGCUGCGCUGCCUCCACCUGGAGAACUGCGUCCGCAUCACAGACUGCAGCCUGGAGGGUGUAGCAGCUCAUGGAGACAGGUUGGAGGAGGUAAAGGUGGACUUCUGCAGGAACAUCACUCAGGCGGGGCUUCAGGCCGUCAGAGAAAAGAGGCCGGGCAUCCGGCUGAGUGCAGAGAGGAGCGCCGAUAUGAUCCCAGACAGCAAGCCUGAGGAGAAGGUGCCGCUCAGGAGGACCCUGCAGAAGCUUCUGCUGUUCUCCUGAUGGAAAUGUCUUCAUAUCCUCUCACAGGGACCACAAGGAUUAUGGGACUUCUGAAAUGAUCAACGACUGCGUUUCUUUUGUACUGAUUUGUAUCUGCAUUUCAUAGAAGUGUUUUGCACGCUUUUUAUACAUUUUUAUACAGUA